AUGACACAUUUCUUAGCUGCAACCCUCUUAUUUGCAGCUUCCUAUGUUGCAUCAACGAGUGGCUUGGGUACGACAUUACCUGGUGGUGGUAUUUUACUUGACUUUGAAGUCAAGAGAGGUGACACUUAUGACACUUUGUCACUGGACAACAAGCCAUACUUAUACAGAAGAGAUGGUGAUGUGACAUUAACUCUUGGUAAUGAACUUAACAUGUACGUUGCUACCCUUGAAGUUGGAUCUAAUAAUCAAAAGAAUACCAUUCAAGUUGAUACUGGAUCGUCAGAUUUAUGGUUUAUGGCCAAGGACGUCGAAUGUUUUGUGCCUGAUUAUCAAAAGAGGAGAAGAAGAGACUACUCCUCUCACCAGAACAACAGAGUUCUUGCUGAACGUGAUAUAUUUGAUGAUCUCUCCACUAUGUUUGGAUACGAAACUAUUGUGUAUGGUGGAGACUCUGGUGAUGAAACUGCCAUUGGGGUUGCAACAGCUACGGGAACAUCUCCUGGUGACAUUGCUCCCACAAACACUUGUAUUAACUAUGGGUCAUUUGAAACCUCGCUGUCUUCAUCAUUCAAGAGGAACGAAUCUGCACCUGAAUUCUAUAUCAUGUAUGGAGACGGCACUGGAGCUUCGGGAUACUGGGGAUAUGACUCGAUAAAGAUUGGAAGUACUACUCUUGACUCUGUAUCUUUUGGUAUUGCUAAUGAAUCCACCACAAACUGUGGUAUUCUUGGUCUUGGUUUGGAAGGUCUUGAGUCUACCAAUUCCUAUGAGUAUCUGAACUUCCCUGUUCUUCUUAAACAAGAAGGUGCGAUUAAUAAAGUGGCAUAUUCCCUCUAUUUGAAUGCAGUUAACGCUACAACUGGCUCAGUUUUAUUCGGAGCAGUUGACCAUGCCAAAUACUCUGGAACAUUAGCAACGGUUCCUAUACUUAAUAAGGUCUCUGAAGAUCCUUCAGCCUUCCAUGUUAUGCUUGAUGGUAUUUCAUUUAGUGAAGGAAGCAAUGACUUUUCUGUAACUUCCAAUAAAUACACUGCUCUUUUGGAUUCUGGUACUUCAUUGACAGUCCUUCCUGAAAGUUUGUUUAGUAAAUUUGGAGACGCCUUGGGAGGUGAAUAUUCAGAAGAAGUAGGGUAUUAUGUUGUUAAUUGUCCCAAGAGUAGCGACGAUUUCACUGUUAAUUUCGAUUUCAGUGGGUUGACCAUUUCUGUUCCAUAUUCAAAUUUCAUUUUAGCAGCUUCUUCUGAUUCUUCUGGAGGCGCUGAACAAUGCUACUUAGGAAUUCAAAGUCAGCAGGAGGAUUUCGUGAUCUUAGGUGAUAACGUUAUGAGUAGCGGCUACUUUGUUUAUGAUUUGGAGGAUUUAACCAUUUCCUUGGCACAAGCUAAGUAUACUGAUGAAUCUGACAUAGAAGUCAUUUCCAGUAGCAUUCCUAGUGCCACCCAGGCUUCGUUGUACUCAUCCACAGAUUACGAGACUGGAAUAGUUGAAUCGUCUGCCGAGUCUAUCUUCUCUUACGCAACUGGAAUUUACACGCCUGCUGAAAUCACAGCUGAAACCGGUAUCUUUGAAGCUACUGAAACAGGUUCUGGAGACCAAACUGGCUCAAACACUGGCUCCGGAUCAAAGACGUCUGGUUCAAAGUCCGGUUCUUCUACAUCUACUUCUUCAACAACAAAAAGUUCUGGUGAAGUGCAAACAGUCAAAUUUACUUUGAUUAGUAAUUUGGUUGCCUCUGCUUUCGGCCUCUUGGUUCUUGUUGUCUUUUAA